AUGUUUCAUCCUGCUUCUCUUGACGAUCAGAAGAUCGUGACUGCCGAGAACAGCAUCUCGUAUCGAUUUACCGACCGGCUUGAACUUCGACAAGCAUUACAGUUAGCAGAUAGUAUCCAUCAGGACGGGAACAAGAAUCUCGCUUUACUCGGAGAUACUGUCAUUCGGCUAGUUUUUGUUCAGGAGGGCCUUUGUCGAGGUGCGCCCCGUGGUCAGAUAAACAACACCAUAUCGCAGAAAUCGUCGAACGUCUAUCUUGCGCAGCGAGGCUUCUCCGCAGGCCUGGCAGAAUGUGUCUAUAAGAAUCAAUCUCAAGGGAACACAAUCUACCCGGGCCCUAUGGCUACUACUGUGGAAGCCAUCGUUGGAGCUGUCUUCAAGGAUAGCGGAGAGAAAAUUACGGCUGCAAAAGGCACUAUGGAGGCUUUGGGCAUUUCUUGGCAUGAGUGA